CUUUUAUGUUGUUCUUUUCGAAACUUGUUUAACAAAGAACGGAACGAGUACGAUUUGUUAGGACAAGAGCUAUCAGAAAAGUCACCGAUUUUUUAAAGGAGGAGAUUAUUGUCAUUAAUCUCGUUGCUUUUAAUAAUUAAUACGAGUUAUCGGUAACAUAAUUUUGAAUUUUUAAAAAACAAAUGAUACCAAGAAGAUUUAGUUUCUUAUACAAAAGGUUUCAAUCUGUUCUUGUAUAGUAUAGUGCGUAGAUAUAUUUCUUUUUGUCGAAUCGAUUAAAUUACGCGGAAUUGGCCGAAGAACGUCAAGUAGAAGAUCUAUUUACUAUGCACCCUUGGCCCAGCGCAAAAUGUAGCUUCCACUGACAAUUACAUGGGAUAUUAUCGAACGUUCGGUCCGAUUAGAGAGUCAAACGAUUUCGCGGAAGCUUCCUCUCUCUCUCUCUCUCUCUCUCUCUCUCUCCUUCUCUUUCUUUCUCAUUCACUAUCAUUGAGGUCGAGAAGAGAUGUAGAGUUGAAAGAGAUGCUCGCUUACUGGCGUCGACGCUUCGAUUAUUCUUGUACUCCUGGAUCUCCCGGAAUUGUGAUUACUAUGAUCGCAUUAAAGAGAAGAAGGAGAAAAACGGUUGCGUCUACAUAGGACAGCAUAUAUGUGCCGAUCGGUGCUCGUCGAGACAUCGGCGUCCAUGUCGAUGGAUCUUUUCGCGAGGAAGAUUCUAUUUGGAUUUGCUCUGAAGGCAAAACUCAUAACUCAAAGAAAGGAUUGCUAUUUGAAUACUCGUCCUCUUUCGAACGUUUCGCGGUGUCAGUGAACGUGUUCAUGGACACUCGAAACGACAUGUCGGGCCAAUCCACUUACGUACUCAUGCUAUUGUCCUUCAUCUUUGUAUCGAGCAGCUUCGCGCAUCCUUUCAUCAGACAGCGUGAAGACGUGAGACAAGCUUGCGAAGGAUGUGGAUAUGAUUGCGAUAAGUGCAAGUAUGGUUUCACGAUAUCGGAUCUUUGUGGUGUUCCUGUAUGCAAAAGGGGUCCUGGUGAGAUUUGCGGAGGACCAAGUGAAUCGUGGGGAGUUUGCGGCGCUGGAUUAAUUUGCAGUUGCAACAAGUGUAUUGGUUGUAGUAUAGAGGAACUCGAAUGUUAUUCGCAUACUUGCCCGCCUCAUCUCAGUUUGGAGACACGUCGUUCCGAUGCAUAUUAUCGCUUUCCUACAGCUAAAUAAAGGGCGAGUCGAUCUGGAUUUCGGAGAACGAGAGAGUGUGUAGGAUGAAGAAGAGACAGGAAGCAAGAGAGGGAAAGAGAGAGAGAGAGGGUUAAUACAUUCCAACGAUUGAUCUCAUCAUAGUUGAUUAGAUAGAUUUCGUAUAGUUCGAUUGUUUUUAAUAAUUUUGUUGCCUUCUAUCCGACUGUUUGUCUAUCGGUUUAUUGUUUGUGAUGUUUUAAAAAGAGUUCCAAGAAAAAAAGAAAGAAUAGAAGAGAACGGAUUGGAAAAAACUACGAUCUCGUUAAACGUAUUAUCUGUUAUCGAUUAUAGUUAACAGAACGAUAAGACUCGAAUAGUUUUUAAGAUUUUACUUAAUUUUAUUAUUUCGUCCCACGACAUAUAUGAUAAAUAGCAAAUUAUACUUAUCGAUCGGUUUAAGGAUAAAACGCAAGCACGCACUCUCAUGCGUCUCUCCGUUCUGCCGAGACUAGAAUAGACCUAUAUAUCUAGUUAUAUUAAAAGUAUUAAAUCAAUCGUAACUGGGCUGUGAGUUGCAUUUCUUAUCGGAACAGACGCGAGUCAUCGCCUUGACCUGAUUUUUAUGUUACGAAUAUUUCGUAGCUUCUCGCGAAAUAUUCGAAGGGCGAGGUUUUCCCGCGAUUCAAGUUAACGAUGAGAAAUCAUGUUCUUUUCACGGAACGUACUAAUAUGUGCACUUGUAACAUUCUUCUUUUAUUUAAAUACAAUUAACGUAGUUAGGCUAUUUUUAAUUUUUCGUCUUUGGCUAAAUAAAUAUUUAUUUGCUCAAAAUAACAAGAUUAUUUAUGUGAUCUAUUAUAAGAAUAAUCGUAAAAUAAAAGCACCAUUUUUUUUUCUCUUGAAAUUCAUUCUUCUUAAUGAUUAUGU